CAUUCAUUCCAUCGGUUCUUCGGCUCUUGCCAGUAGCCAGCUGCCAUGAGGGAAAAGGGCCGCAAGAAGAAGGGCAGGACCUGGGCAGAGGCCGCCAGGACGGUUCUGGAAAAAAAUCCUAACAGACCAAUGAGCCAUAAAGAGAUUCUUCAGGUUAUCCAAAAAGAAGGGUUAAAAGAGAUUAGAAGUGGAACUUCUCCGCUUGCAUGCCUGAAUGCUAUGCUGCACACCAACUCCCGUGGAGAUGAAGGAAUAUUCUAUAAGGUUCCUGGAAGAAUGGGGGUCUAUACACUGAAAAAAGAUGUUCCUGAUGGGCUGAAGGACUUGUCUGAGGGCUCAGAAGAAAGCAGUGAUAUACAAUCAGAUUCCCCCACCUCAGAGAGCAGCAGUAGCAGUAGCAGUGACCAAAGUAGCAACAAGGAAGGAAGAAAAAGCAGGUGGCAAAGGAAAGUAUCAGCCAGACUUUCACAAGUGUCCUCCCCACAGCCAGGCUGCCCAUCUCCUUCUAUCCCACCAGGUAAAAUCAUCUCUUCAUCUCAGAAGCACAGCAAAAAGGCACUUAAACAAGCCUUGAAGCAAAAGCAAAGGAAGCAGCAUCAUUGCCGAACCAGUGUGCCUGUAUCAACUAAUCACCACCUCCUACAGCAGCAUGUGAAGAUUGCUAACAAUCCUGCAAAAGCUGCUUGGGAAGGAAAACAGUCAGAUGGACAUUCAAGUAGCCCACAGAAUUCUACUUCUAGUUCUUCUCCCUCUGUUAAAACUGAGCCUUCCUUGCCAAUCCUUGGGAAGAAACCAUUUCAGAGAUCUGAGAGGCUCCAUGCAAGGCAGCUGAAGAGGACAAAAUGUGCUGAAAUUGAUGUAGAAACCCCAGAAUCCAUCUUGGUGAACACCAAUCUGCGAGCUUUAAUCAACAAGCAUACAUUCAUGGGACUACCAGUUGAAUGUCAGCAGAAGCUGCUCCUGCUUCUGCCAGAGGUGGACAGGCAGAUUGGAAUGGAUGGCUUGAUGAAGCUUAGCAGUUCUGCCCUCAACAACGAAUUCUUUAAUUCUGCUGCACAAGGAUGGAAGGAGCGACUCUCGGAAGGGGAGUUCACCCCAGAGAUGCAGCUGAGACUACGGCAGGAAUUAGAAAAGGAGAAGAAAGUGGAACUUUGGAAAGAGCGCUUCUUUGAGAGCUAUUAUGGUCAGAG